AUUCCCUAUAUAAUAAAAUGACUUAUACUUCGUACUACUAGUAAUGAUAUCUCUUCCUUUUUAAUCUCUUGCAUCGACUAGCCCCCUCGCACUCAAAUUCUGUCUCAUGUAUUCAUAAUAAAAACCUACAAGAAUAAACAUUUCUCUUUUUUGUUGUAUUAUUUCUUUCUAUUGGGAUCGUGAAAACUUGAAGAUCCAAUCGAGAAUUUUCUGGCUGCAACCCUAAGGCCCCACUCUCUCCUAUGAUCAAGAAUGAAUCUUUCAUUUUCGAAUGCUUUCCCUGAUUUCUUUUUAUAAAGAUGAUAUGAGAGAAAUAAAGAGAAGGAUUAAAAUUUGAUCUAUAGAGGUUUUGAAAAUACAAAGAAGCAACAAGGUGACAUUCAUUUGUCUACAGCAAUAGGGAGGCCAAAGAUGUCAUCGUCCAAUUCUCCAUGUGCAGCAUGCAAAUUCUUGCGUCGAAAAUGCACUCAAGAAUGUGUUUUUGCACCGUAUUUCCCACCAGAUCAACCUCAAAAAUUCGCCAAUGUCCACAGGGUGUUUGGGGCUAGUAACGUGGCUAAAUUACUCAACGAAUUAAAUGCGACUCAACGUGAAGAUGCUGUAAAUUCCCUAGCCUAUGAGGCUGAAUAUCGCCUUCGUGAUCCGGUUUACGGUUGUGUUGGCCUAAUUUCUAUACUUCAGCAUAAGCUCAAGCAAAUCCAAGAUGAUUUAUUGAAUGCUAAGAAAGAGUUAGCAACGUAUAUUGGUCCGCAAGCAAUGUUGCCAAUGCUUCAACACCCGGGGUAUAUUCAACAGCAUCCGAAUAAUCCGUCUUCGUCUACUAUGAUGCCUUAUAAUAUGCAACCAAUGUUAGGAAUGCCAGCAGGGAUGCAACAACAUGGCGCUCAAUUAGUGAUGCGCGAUCCUCAACAACAACAACAGAAUCAACAACAAGUGAUUGAAGCUCAUCAAUUAGCCGCAGUAAUGGCAGCGAGGGAACAACAGGAGAUGAUGAGAACUUAUGAGCAACAACAGCCACCACCACAGCAAUAUCACAAUGGAUUUGAUGCUGCAGCGCCAGUAACUGCUACCGGAUUUCAUCAGAUGAGUUCUCCAUUGGCAUUGGCCUCCUUUGACAAUAAUGCUUAUCAGAAUCAGCAAACCCAGCAGGACCAGCAUGGCGGCCAGGUUCAGGUUCAGGUUCAACCGCAUCAAUUGCUCCAGCAACAACAGCAGCAGCAGCUACCGCAACAGCCACAGACACCACAACAGCAACAAACAGCCAAAAGUGAAGAGGAAAGGAGCAUUGGUCCUUCAUGUUAAUGUCAUUCAAGACUUUUUAUUUAACAAUUUUUUAAUCUUGUUUACAAAGAAAAGAGAGAUGGAGAUAGAAAUGAGGAUAUUCAACUCUGAUAGUGAAAGGUGGCAAGUAUCUGGCCUUCUUUUCAGAAUUUUCUUUCUUGUCACCCCCUUUUGGGUUGUUAAAGGACAUGAUUUAAUUAUUGGGGAGGUGAAUUUUUGAACCAUAGAAAACUAGUACUAUUGUCUUUCAUUUACCUAUAGAUGCUGACUUUGUGCGGCAAUCAUACAGAUUUAUU